AUGGCGGUGGUAACACGAUCGAUGAAGGAAAAAAUGGAUAAAGCCACCUUUUACAUCUUAAUACACACGAAACAGAAAACGACACUCAAAGGCUGUGGUACAAGAAGGCCAAACAUUGUACACAUUUACAAACGCCCUCUACCAGCCAACUCUGUCUCGCGCGGAACAAGGAGCGGGGUACACAUGAAACGUCCUGUGGAGCCAUUGGAUGAAGACACGGCUUCCAAUACUUUGGGAUCGGAAGAUGGCUUAGUUAUUAUUGCUACACAAGAGAAUUCCGGAGAUGGAAUGGGACAGGAUGAAUCAUGUGAAGCGAUGAUGGAUGCCACGAACGGAAGUCUGUACGCUCGUUCGGACAGUUUGGUUAGUACACAUACACCAGAAGCUUCCGUGGAUGGAAUGAGGGAGCAUGAAUCUAAUGAAGCUAUGAUGGAUGCCAUAGAUCCGAUCCAGCACGCUGGGCCCAGCGAGUUCCCUAUUAAAAAGGAGGAACAUUACCAUGAGGUGAUUAAGCAGGAACCUGCUUAUAAUGCGUCGUUAUUGUCCUCUAUAGAUCAGGACACACGCUCCAUCGCUAUGCAGGUUCACAGAAGUUCCAGCCCGUCCGUCGUCAAAGAGGAAUCGAAGGAGAUGGAACGUGCUCUCAUGUUUCACCUGAUGGGGUGUAUUGCCCGUCGUUAG